AUGUUCGGACGCGUCCAGCACGGUAAUGCCCAAGGUGGUGGCGGAGGUGGUAGGGUCUGCUCUUUCUACCAACAGGGUCGUUGCAAGUUUGGAGGUAAGCUCAAUGAUUAUCCUUCUCUGUGUUUGCUCCAUGUGCUGAUUUGCUCAUCCANNGACAACUGCAAAUUCGACCAUCCUGGCGCCAACAAACCUCAGGACGGUGGAAACCGAUUUCAGGCACUCGAAAAUCAGGGUAACACCUUUGGUCAGGGAAACCGAAACAACCAGCGACCGCCUGCUCCUGGUAGAGGGCAGCACUACACUAGCCAAAACUCUUACGGAGUGACGAGGGAUGGUAUUGAAGGAGACCUUCGGAAUGAGAAGCCACAAUGGCCAUUCUCUGCUUAUGGUCCAGGUAGAGAUGCCCCGAUACAACUGUUCGGGGGCUCCCCGAUAGAGCAGAGUCCGGAGGAGAUGCGUGUACUCUACUAUCAAGCUGUCGCAAGCGGUAACCCAGAGCCUGCUAUGCAAGCCCAACAGGAACUUAUCGCUCAGACAACUCAGCAAGUAGAGCGAAUCCUUAGUGAUCUAGACGGGGCAGUCAAAUAUGUCCUGGAUGGAGAGAACCAACAUCCAAACCGCACGGACGGAUGCCAGGCUGCGGUUGGAAACGUCUUCCACAAAGGUCGAAAACUAAACUCCAAGUUUUCACCCAACGUUACAGCGCAAGAAAGCAGCCAGCCAGUUCAGACUGGCGCCUUCGGUCAACCUUCUACAAUGGGCGGCUCCGGAGCAUUUGGUCAACCAUCUAAUCUUGGUGGCGGAGGCGGAUUCGGCCAGGCAUCUAACCUUGGGCAGAAACCGAGUCCAUUUGGACAGUCAGCAAGCACAGCACCAACCGCAGGAGCUUUCGGCUCUCCUUCAGCUCUUGGCCAGAAGCCUUCCUUUGGACAACCUGCCGCAGGAUUCGGCCAGCCAUCUGCAUUAGGAGCAUCGACAGGCGGGUUUGGGCAGCCAUCGACGCUUGGUUCGAGAGGCGCGUUCGGACAGCCUGCUGGAGGAGCUCAAGCGAGUCCGUUCACCCAGACGCCACAGGCCAACCAAGCGCAGUCAUCGCCUUUCGCACAAGCCCCACAGCAAGGAGGAGGGACGUUCGGCCAAACUUCAGCAUUCGGGCAAACGUCAACUUUCGGUCAGCAACCAAACAGUACCUUUGGACAGUCUUCUGGCUUUGGUCAGCAACCUCCGCCAGCAUUUGGUCAGCCAUCAGCACCCGCUCCGCAGACCACAGCCUUUGGCCAAUCUUCAGCACCCGCUCAAACCACAGCGUUCGGCCAGCCAUCAGCACCUAGUCAACAAACACCAGCGUUCGGAAAGCCAUCAACGCCUGCAUUUGGCCAACCAUCAGCACCCACGCAACCAAAUGGCGUGUUUGGGCGGCCCUCAGCUCCACCACAGCAGCAGACUGGGUUUGGCAAGCCUUCGCCAUUUGCCCAAGCACAAGAAAAUCAACAGCAGCAGUCGCCAUUUGCACAAGCUGCACCUAAGCCGGCUGCAUUCGGACAGCCAUCACAGCCCGUGAAUAACCAAACGUUCGGUGGUGGCUUUGGAACAGCUGCCGCACCACCACAGCAACCACAGCAGCAACAGCAACAACAGCCGCCACAGUCAUUCGCGGAGCCCAUGCCUCAGGGCGACUGGAUCACCCGCCAACCAAACGGAACACUCAAAAGCUUCAAAGGUGCACCUGUGCAGUACUUAGCCACAAAAGAGACAGUGCCAACUCAAGAGCCGCAUUACAGAAAGGCCAAUGGACAGAUGGAGAGGAUCUGGCAUCCAGAGGGCAACCCGGCGCCCAGGGCAGAAAUAGAAGCACCAGCAGAAGCCUACACGGCCGAGCAUGAAGCAGCAUACAAGUUUGUGGCAGAGCAAGGCGUAUUCGAAGACGGGGUUAUGCCAGAACUACCGCCCAAGUGCGACUGGAUCAGGUGGGAUAUAUAA